UCUAUGCAGGACAUCAAGAACUUGUACAAUAAAAUCAAAAAUGCUCAAAAUAAUCAAACUGUGACCAGAAAUCAAGAAGGAGAUGAAAUAGUGGUGCCUGAAAUCAAAAAUGUGCAAUUAUAUAAACAAAUCAAACAACAAAUAGUGAAAAAUUUCGACAAAUAUGUGAUAAAUAAUGAAAAGAAAGAACGAACACGAAAAGUUUACAGCGAAGAAGUCCAACAUGAUGUGUUAGAUAUGAUCAACAAAGUAGUGAAAGAUCCGAUAUAUGAAGAGAAGAUAAUAACGAUUAAAGACUAUAAUAAUACGAUUUAUACGUGUCAAAAAACAUAUAUGGAGGUGACAGAACGAUCUGGUAAAGAGUCGACAUGGCGCGAAGCGAUCAACAAAAAGAUUGAAGAUCUCAAGGAAGAUUUCAAAAUACUAGAAAAGUAUGCCCCGACCGAAAAACCAACGAAAGAAGUUAAAACGAUAUGUAGUAAAAACCGAGUUCAUUCCAAUAAUAGCGAAAAAGUCAUCCAAUUAAAAGAUCAGAUCUACGAAAGAAUCGAAAAACACCAAAAGAGAUUGCGGAUAGCAGAAAACCGCAAAGUGUUCAGAAAAAACAACCGAAAUUUUGAAUUCAACCGCAAACGAUUCUACCGUAGCUUAGGAGACGAACAACUGAAGAUAAGUGAAUCCAUCAACAACUAUGAAACACUGGAAUUUUGGCAAAAUAUAUGGGCUAAGGAAGACAGUGAAGAAAACUGCGAAGAGCUAAUAGACGCCCUACCGACCAACAAUCUGAAUAUCGAAACCACGAAUGAAAAAGUAAAAGAAGUUGUAGAAAAGAUAAUCAAAUACUUGCCAGCUUGGAAGACGCCGGGACACGAUUGUGUACAUAACUUCUUCAUAAAAAAGAUAACAGCACUACACGGGAAACUAAUUGAAAUAAUAACAGAAGCAGUGAAUGAUCCGGAAAAAAUAGAUCCCGAAAUGUAUAUUGGAACGACAUAUCUCAUUCCUAAAAAAGAAAAUGCCAGUCACCCGAAGGAGCUGAGGCCAAUAACUUGCCUUCCGAACAUCUACAAGUUAUUGAGUAAAGUGAUCCAAACCAUGAUAAGUGAAUUGUGUGAUCUCAACGAUACGAUAUCUAGCAACCAGAUGGGAACAAGAAGGAGAUGCCAAGGUGCAAAGCAACAGGCGUUGGUAAAUAAAAAUCUGAACAUAUCAAAUGACAAUGGGCUAAAAACGUCUUGGAUAGACAUUCAAAAAGCGUAUGAUAGUGUUGGCCAUCAAUAUCUCGAACAAUAUGAUAUAAAAUUAUUGGCGAAAGAUGAACAAGACCUCCAAGAAUUAUGCUUCUAUACGAAGUCAUGCUUGAAACAGAUGGGGUUCCAAGUAAAUGAACAGAAGUCUGCUAGCAAUAUAGAUAGUGAGCAGGCUUUUGGUGAAGAAAUCGACAACGAAAAAGGAUACAAGUACCUUGGAGUACUGGAAGAUUCAAGAAAUGUAUUUAAAGAAGAAAAUAAAAAGCUGAUAGAGGAGAAAAUUAUUGAGAGAACUGAAAAAUUAUGUCAAACAAAGCUUAACGCAAAAAACCUGAUGCACGCUAUUAACGAAUAUGCCAUUUCGACCAUUAACUAUUAUGUAGGUCUAUUGAACUACGAGAUGUAUGAGUUCGAUGGUAUUGACCAAAAAAUAAGAAAUAUACUACAGAAACACGGAGUGAUUAGAAAUGCUUCGAAUAUUGACCGACUAUACCUGGCAAGAGACGAAUUAGGCCGAGGACUGUGUAAUAUCAGUGAAAAGGCAGAAAUCAUGAUGAUG